AUGUCAUCAAGAAUUCGCAUCAUCGGCUCUUUGAAUGUCGACAUGGUGACGGUGACUGCGCGUUUCCCCGACCCGGGAGAAACGCUCACCGCAACAUCCUUCGCAACCAGCGCGGGCGGUAAAGGCGCCAACCAGGCCGUUGCCUGCGGCCGUCUUUCUCGCCCAAGGCCUGGAUCGGCCUCGCAUGCAGGUAUCCAACAUGAAGCUUUUCACGUUGAAAUGGUCGGUGCCGUCGGCCGUCUGGAUACACAUUUCUCAACGCUCAUGCAGCCGACCCUGGAAUAUUCCGGAGUAGACAUUUCGCGGAUCCGCCAGGUGGACGAUGCACACACCGGCAUUGCUGUCAUCAUCGUGGACAGCUCUGCCGGCGGUGAGAACCGUAUUCUCUUGUCGCCUGGAGCGAACUAUGCAGGCAUGCAGCCCACGGUGGAUGUCUUGGAUUUGGCGAUGUCGACACCGCUCCCGGAUUUGUUGGUAGUGCAAGCGGAGAUACCACUGGAGACUGUGAUAGAGGUGAUCAGGAGAGUCGGUCAGACAAAGGUGCAACUACAAGCCGACGGCCGUCGUGGUGUGGAGGGUGAUAUCGAAGUUGUCUUCAACCCGGCGCCGGCCCCUGAGGGCGGGCUCUCCGAAGACGUAUAUGCGGCAAUUGACCAUUUGAUUAUGAACGAAACGGAAUGUGAGAUCAUGGCGCCCCAGGAGCUGAGGAACAUUGGCAAUGUGGAAGAACGCCGGACGGAAAUCGCCAAGUAUUUCCAUCGUCUCGGGGUGCGAUAUGUCAUCGUCACCCUCGGCGCCCAAGGAGUGUGGUAUAGUGCCGCAGAUGUGGGAUCUUCGGCGCAGAAAGAUCCCCAGACAUGGCUUCGACAUGUUAAUCACGUCCCUGCUGCGAAGGUUGACAGGGUCGUGGAUACUACGGGGGCUGGAGACACGUUUGUGGGCGGCUACGCUGUGCAAAUUGCUCGAUGGAGAGAGCAGAGACGGGCAUCUGGGAAAGGCACAGACGAUCUUACGGAGACGGAGCGGCGCGAACGGUAUCACACAGGCAUCGAGGCGGCUAUUCAAUGGGCAGUUUUGGCCUCGGCACGAUGCGUCCAGCAACCUGGAGCUAUGAAUAGCAUUCCGUGGGGCAAUGAAAUUGAGAUGUAA